UUAAAUAAUAAAAAAAACCUGAAAAAUGACACUAAAUUUUCACUCCCUAUAACAAUACUUAGUAUAACCACCAUUCGCUGCAAUUACAGCUGCAAGUCUUUUGGGGUAUGUCUCUACCAGCUAAGUCACAAAAGGUGUAUUUUCACUGAGUCUAAAUUACAUACAGCUGGACUCUCACUUAAAAUCUCUAUAAAAUAUAUUUUAAGUUUGUGGGUGUAAGGUGACCAAAAUAUGAAAAGGUUCAAGGGGUAUGAAUACUUUUACUUUUACUGUACACUGUCCCAAUUCAUGUUCAUAGACUAGGGACUGAGUGUGGACUUGAAGGUGAAAACGUGUGAGGGGAAUUUUCUUGAGAGUGUAUGGGUGCGGGGGAAAGUUUGCAUAUCCUUGUGUACACUGUGUGUGUGUGUUUUAAGUGUGUGUGUCUAGAGCUACUAGAGGCUUAGGUGUCUGUGUUCAUUCAGUUGUAUCUACCCAACCGCUGUGUUGUGCUCCAGUCCCCUCACAAAUGGGUGUAUUUUCUCUGUGUGAUCUGAUACCUUGUACUUGAUCCCAUGUAUACUCCUGUCAGAGCCUUUUGAUGGAGCUGUAUGUGGCCCUGGAGGAGGUGGCGGCCUUUCUGAGCUUCUGCCAGGUACGGUCUCCUCCUGCUGUCUCGUGGGAGGGGCCUCAUUUCACUGGCAAAUGCUGUCACCAGUUCCCCUUUUCUUGUCACUAGACUCCUAGAACGCAGCGAGCAGAAAUGGGAGCUGUCGGAGUUGCUGUGGUUGUUCUUCUAUGUGCCAUGACUGCAAUGUCAGGUGCCGACAUGGAGUUAAUUACAGUGCCUUCUGUCAUGUAUGGGAUCAAGGGUGAAUCUCUCUCUAUACCUGUGGAGACUCACUUUGAUGUGAAAGCAGUAAAAUUUCAGGUCUUCUGGUACGAGAACAGGACUGGUGCAUUACUGGUUGGAUAUGAGAAUGGUCGCAAGGCCAUGACAAAUCUGCAGCUGGAAGACACAUUCAUCUUCAGUCCGCACAACUUGUCCCUGACCUUUAAUCAGCUGGACUUGGCUACUGAGGACAACUACCGGCUGGAGAUCAUCUUCUCUGGCAAAGACAAGAAACCUGAGAAGCUCACAAGAACUGUGAGACUUAUCGUAAACGUGCGUCUUUCCCCUCCUGUGUUGGUGAAGAACUCGCAGAGUACUCUUGUGGAAGACCAGGACAAUGUCACUCUGACCUGCGUUGUGGAGAAAGGAGCUAAAGCUAGGUUUCAGUGGCUCAAAAACAACAAACCGUUCGAACUGAGUAAGCGUCACACUUUCUCCCAAACAAACAACUCCCUACUCAUCAGCCCUGUGAGGAAGGAGGACAUUGGCAUGUACAGCUGCGUGGCAGAAAACGCCAUCAGCCAGAAACAGAGCCAAGCCAUGGAACUCAGUGUGUUCUAUGGACCUUAUAACCUGAAAGUGAACACAGACAACGGUCUGAGGAUUGGAGAAGUGUUCACUGUAGACCAUGCAGAAGUGAUCUACUUUGACUGCUUGGCUGACUCGAACCCCCCCAACACAUGCGUGUGGAUCUCCAGGACGGGCAACAACACAGAAGUCCUCAUGACUGGCCCUCGCUUUGAGGUUCCUUCAUACACGUUAGGUCAACCCUCCAAGUUCUUGUGCCGGGCCUUCAACAACAUGACACAGAAGCAGGACGAAACUCACUUCACACUGGUGGUGGCCAAUCUUGGAAGAGGGCGUGAGAAGCUGCAGGGGGCGAGUACAGUAUCUCCUUUAACUGUGAUCACCGUCCUCGCACUGAUCAUCAUUAUAUGUAUGGUGUUUGUGUUCUUCAAGAAGACCUGCCACCCUAAACGAGUGUUGAUGAAAAUCUACAGCAGGCCUAUGCCAGAACAAAAAGGACUGCACCGCUCAGGUCACGAGGACGCUACUGAAGACUUUGGCAUCUAUGAGUUUGUCUCCCUACCGGGAGGAAAGAUGGAGUCAAACCAUGCAUCAUGCAGAUCACUGGCACGGCUGGAUUCGGCCAAAGAUUUGCAUACCACCAUCUAUGAUGUCAUCCGACAUGUUCCUGAAACUCCCACACUCAGUCUAUUGAAGUGAGGUGGUUCAGCACACACACGCACACUCACGCACACACACAUACACACAGGCUGGAUCUGGUGAUCUCUCAGUAACACACACAGGCUGGAUCUGGUGACGGAAUCAGUUGUGUUUUUAUGAAAAGCACAAGCCGUUACUCCUGUGGACGAGCAGACUAAUGCCAUCGCUUCUUUAUUUCUUUCUAAAGUCACUUGAAUCUGAUGCUGUUGAGUAAUGGAUGAAGACCCUUAAUCUUAAGCUUAAUCGUUAUUCCUCUGGCUUAUAUUUUAUGCUGAUAUUUAUUUAUUUCGUGUGGGUUCUCUCAGUUCUGUACAUAGGCUGUUGAUUUUUUUUUUUUUGUCAAACACUGCUGGUCAAAAGUCUUAGAACUUCCCCAGGUUCUUCAUUAGUUUACUGGGCAGGGCUGCAUGAAGAGUUUUGCUUCUCUUUACAGUUGAAACUGAGACUUGUCAUGUGAUCCGCCCAUCACACAAGCUGUUGAUUCUUAGAAACUGGUCCUCUGAUGUUGUUGUGGAUUUGCGUUUGUCAGACCUCUUCCUUCCAGUUACCGUAAAGCUUUUUAUGGUGUUAGAAACAACAAUAUGUAGUUCCAGUAUAGUCAUAAAAAUGAGCACAUCGCGGGACAGCCAAUAUCACACAAGGCAAAUUAAACUACACACAUGCUACAGCAUGUUUGAUACCAACCAAAGUAGGCCUGUCAACUGUUGUAAUUGAUGACAUAUGGGAUCCUAGGGAUAAUUGCCUAAAGAAAUAGCGGUGUUCUAAAACUUUUGACUGGUUGUAUACACUGUAAAAAGAUUAUUCACUGUUUUACCUGAAGAAAGUUUAACUGGCUGCCUUAACAUGUACAUUUCAUUGAAUAUAAAUUAAUGGUACAGAUAUAAUUAGUCUGAGGACUUUUAGACAUUAAGAACUUCAAGAGAAAUGGUAAGUCAGCCAGUUAAACAACAGAUCAUUUUUUAUAGUUCUUUUUGUGUCAAAAUUGUUGAGCAUUCGCAACAGCACUGACCUUCAGUUUCAGUGGUGUUAGUAAUGACUGUCUGAAAAGCAUUGUGGGAAUGAUGUGAGUUCUGUGUUUGUAUACUGUACAUGUUUGCUAUCGGCCACACUGAAACCAGAGAGUAUUUAUGUGUUCGUACUGUUAUACCAAGUGCAGCCAAGCCCUAAUUCCAUUGCUUUGCUUGAAAUAUGAAUGUAAAUAAUAUGCAUUUUUUUUAUUCUAAUAAUCUAUUUUUGCACAUAGCAAUGACAUUGUGUACUGCGGUAAUCUGUGUCAUAGAAAUGAGAUAUUGUUCUUUAUGUUGCCUUGAAGCAGUUUCUGCACAGAUCAGUUUCUGCUGUUAGAUUGUAAGAUUUCCUUGCUCCUAUUUUACAGUUAAUAAAUAAAAAUGCUCUCCAUUUUGAAAAUAAAGAUUUUAAGCAAUUGCACAUGAA